AUGGCGCGAAGGAAAGUGGAACUGUUCAUGGAAAUUCACAAUGAAAACGAGCUGACUGAUGUACUUAAUUUAUACGAGGACCAUCUUAUUUGUGCAGAAAUUUACUGCUCUUACUUUGGAUCUUGUACAGCCCUCGACAGAUUGUUUACAAGGAUCAAACUGGAUUGGAGUGAUGGAAAGAUGAUACUACUCAAGGUACUUUCAGAUGAAAUAGAGAUGUUGAGAAGAUUUCGUAAUCAGAGUGAGCCUGUAUAUAUGUUCAUAGUUAAAAAAAGAGUUACGAAGGUUUUCCGUGGUAUGGAUAGCUUCACGUUUGCAGAUGUGGCUAAAAGUGAAUUAUAUUAUUUUAAUUUGGAGUCCCAAGGCGUUAGCACUGAUCGUCCAUUUUAUGAGCUCGACGAACCAACGCCUGAUGAAAUGGAAUGGCUCAAAAUAAGAAGAGAAGAGAAAGAACAAGAGGAAUUAUCUUUGUCGCUUCGACAAGCGGCUCGGCAAGCUGCUCGGAAACGGCACCGAGCAGAGCUCAUGGUGCCACAUUUGAAACAUUUGAACUUUGUACUGUUUUGGCCGCAUGCGACGCGAGCGCACCCUGAGUUGUAUGAGAAAUGGGAUGAAAACAAUAUUAUAAUGGUUGGCCGCGAGGAAGUGGAAUUAACGAAGGAAACAGCUAUGGAUGUGUUAUAUGCAGGCGACGCUCCAAUCAAUGAGGCGUCAAUACACCAACUUUUGUCCGGUCCAGCUCUCGCUAUAUGCUUCCAAAUGCUUGAUACUGAUCGACAUUUUGUUUCUAUGGUACGAAAAAUACUUUAUGAAGACAUUAUUGAUUUGGAAAACGAUAAACAAUCUAGAAGUGGCACUGCAUUCGAUCUUUACAAGUCCUUAAGUCUUACAAGAGAAGAGAUAUGGCAGAAAAGGCGUGAAGAGAGAUUAAAACAAAAGGAGGACGCUAAAGAAAAACGAGUUAGACGUAUAUCAGAGAUGUUACGUCUGAAACGACAAGCUAAAAUAGAAGCGAUUGAAGCUAAGAAGGCAGAAAAAGAACAACGGAAGUUAGAUCUUCUGAAGGCUGGAAAUUUAUCUGCUUUUGAUAACUUACGAGAAGAAUCUGAAGAUGAAGAAGUAGACAUAAAUGUUCCAGAGGAGUCACCAGAAGAAGUCGAAGAAGAAAGUACUGGAGAGCAAGACGAAAGUGAAUACUUCCCGCCAGCUGGACUCCUUGUGCCUGGUUUCUAUGCGCCACCCAAUGACAUUGCGAAGGCUAAUGGACUUGCUAUAUUGUUCCCGAAGUUGGUAUCCGAAUUCGUUGCCCCUCAGUCCGAGUACCUGCCGCCACAUGUACUGGUUAUGCUUGAAAUCAAUAAGCGGUACGCAGCACUGGAAGCUGUAAAAAAAUAUAAAGCAUCAGUUAUUCAUAUGGGUAUAUUUAAAGCUAAGUCACCACCCCACGCAGUUCACAUAGCAUACACUGUGAGACAAUACGACUCGCUUGCAAAGAGGCAUGACAGUGAAGACGUAAAAAUCGCUUUCAUGCUGUCCAUACAAGUGGAUUUAGCAUUAUUGCAACUGAUGGAUUUGAAUCCCACAUAUGUUAGUCGGGACCCCAUCUCCGGCGAAGACGAUUGUGCCGCCAUGUUCCCUGUCCAUUAUGGCGAUGAAUACCCGGAAUUCGAAGAUUUUGAUGACCGUUGAAUCUGGCAAUGGCAAAAUAUUCGUAGAUGUGACACUUUGAUUUGCGCUGUGUAUUACAUUUUACCU